AUUUAUAAUUAUCUGUAGUUUACCGUCGACAUGCCUUCACGUCGUUAUCAAGAUGACUGUGUAAUUUUGAAUGAUGAUUUCCCAGGAUAUUUUGGAAAGAGUUUUUUGCUACCAGAACGUUAUGAAGAAUAUAUCGAGAGUAUAAUUGUACCACAUGGAAUGGUUAUGGAUCGCCUAGAUAAAAUGGCAUCUGAUAUUGUAGAUACAUAUGAGGCUUCAUAUACACAUUCAAUUCAUAUCAUAUGCAUUCUGAAGGGUGGUUUCAGAUUCGCGACUGAUCUAUUCUUUAAAUUACGAUCAUUUAUAACAUCAAGAAAGAAAGAUAUCGCUUUGUACAUUGAUUUCAUCUUAUCUAAUACCUAUGUUAAUGAUUCUGUGGGUGAUGGAACAAAAUUAAAUCCCUGUACAGACAUGGAGAAAUUUCGAAAUAAGAAGGUUCUCAUUGUCGAAGAUCUUGUUGAUACAGGAACAAGUCUAACUAAAAUCGAAGAAUUUGUCCUUCAAUAUAAUCCACUCUCGUUACACACAGCUUGUUUGUUACUGAAAAGAAGACCAGAUUGUGCUGGAUAUAUACCAGACUUUGUUGGCUUUGAAGUACCCAACCGAUUCAUAGUUGGCUAUGGUAUUGACUACAAUGAUAACUUCCGUGAUAUACCUCAUGUUUGUUCAGUAAAUAAUGAGGGUAAACGGAAAUUUGCUCAGCCGACAUCCUCAGAAACAACAAUUCAAGAACAAAGUAGACUGGUAAUUUAA